AUGUCCCAGGGCCAAAAGACAUGGGCAUUUAUUUCAAUAUUUUUAUGCUUUGUGUCUUUUGGAUUGAUUUGUACAUCGAUUGGGACCAGUGAAUGGUUUCAAACGACCCAAAAUACAACAAACUAUACGGUUGUCACAGAUAUAGGACUCUGGAAAAUAUGUGUAAGUGAGAUUAAACAAGAUGGAUGGACUCGGAAAAUAUGUACUUAUCGUGACUUAACUGAAUCAAGGGAUAAAACUUCUUCUGGCUUCCUUCAACUACGUUUGGACCAAUGUUUUGUGAUAUUCAUUUGCUUAUGUGCUUUCAUCCAGCUCCUCACUCAUUUGAUUCUACUUUGGAGUUUGCCUGGAUGCUGCAAAUCUAUGAAAAAAACUCACCUCUUCUUUAUUGUUUCUGUUACUCAGCUUCUUGCCGUUCUUGUUGGCAUUAUUGGCUGUAUCAGCUUCAUUGCUUUACAAGAUGAGAUACACAAAAGUGAUUCCUCUCAGCAAUACACUUACCAAUGGUCAUUCAUAUUGGCUUGGAUAUCGAUUGCCCUCUGUUUGCUAGAAUCUGGAAUUUUUGUGGUGCUUGUCAAAGUCUGUUUUGACAAUGUGUUUCAAAGUGGCAAGUUCAACUACUAUUCCAUGUGA